CCGGUAUUCUCAGUACAGUUACCGUCUUCAACACGUUUGAUACGACGAUAUGGAAUUUCCAAUUAUAUCCGUAAACUCUCGGACACUAUAAUCGUUAAAAUCGCUGUGCAAGAAAAAAAAAAUCAAACAAGUUGUGAUGACCUAUUUCGUCCACAUUGGAUUUAAAUAGUAGUGAAUAAAAGCCUGUUCUAUAUUGUAAUUUCGGGUUUCACCAAUCAGUGACUUCUACCGGCCUCACAAACCUGUCUCACGACAGGUGUAUUUUGAGUGGCUGAACUAGUCCCAUACCGGUGGAGAAACUUGUUCUGUACUGAGUUGAAGUAGACAAGUUGAACGCUUCUCACUCUAAAAAUUUUUGUUGAUUGUUAUUACCCAGUUGUUUCGUUGAACUCUUCAAUAACAUUGAGUUUUUUUUUAUGUUAAGCAUCACUCCUCGCCUUACUAUGAAUGCUUGAGUAUAAACAUUACUUUAUCCACGCCCUUUGGACUUUUUUCUUGGUGUAGUAAUAGGAACCAAGGGAUGCAGUGAAACGCCCUUCUUGCAUAUACAACAUUGCUGCAUCGCAAACAAGUGAGAAUUUCCAAUCAUCGAGAAUACCUGAUAUUGGAGCAGCAAUGAUGUAAUUAGAAACACGUCUAUUUUUUCGAAAACUGACGAAAAUGAUAUACACCGGGGGUUUAAGAAGAUAAAGACAGCAAUAUCCAGGAGUAGCUUAUUCAUUAUUGUUUCCAGAUGUUAUAAACUUAUUUUAUUUGCAGUAAAAUUAAGUUUUUCCCUCCAAUUGAAUUUCUAUGUUAUUCAAUUUUGAAAAGUACCCAAUAUCUUGUCCAAUCUUGAUAUUUAAAGACAUUUUCAUCAAUGUGAUUAAUAUCGUGGUCGACUCAGCCUGUGGACUAAUUAUCGAUGGAGGAACGCAGAGACGAAUAAAUGAGCAGCUUGACGUACCCGUAGGAAUGUUCCUAAGCAAGUGGCGAAAGCGUAUGCUUCAAGACAUCAUACUUCCCAGUGCGAGAAAUUCAUUACACGAGUGAACAGUAGCAACAAAAAUAAAAAGCGUAAACUCAAGAUAACUAAGGAACGUGAAUCAACAACCACACCCAACGAUCACCAAAUUCGUAGUGAAUAAAUUCCAUUGAAAUUACAACCUCAUUUGCAUUAACAACCGAAUGUCCAGAUGGCCGAGGCAAGUACGAUGACCGUACCACCGGUACUGCCAGUUUCGAGCCAUCAUCAGAGCCAGGGUAAUCGUCAGACUGUGUCGAUCCUGGCCGUUGCCCCCACUUUGUCACAGACUCCCUCUGAGGCCAGAGCAACGGUAUACGUAGCAGGUUCCACUAGCAAAACCGAAUCUGCAUCAGUAUGGCGUUCAGCGGCAGAUGUUAAAUUGUCAAACGACUACAGUCAAUCGAAAAUCACCAAAACCGAUUAUCCAGCGCAUGUUGUUAAAAUACAGAUCAAUCCACAGUUUGAGAAUAGCCGUGUUAUAUCGACAGUUAGAUUUUCACCAGAUGAUACUUUAAAUGAUGAAAAUCCUCUAUAUAAUCCAAAUAACGAGGCGUUCAAUAACGGUUUAACUAACGACACACAGCUGAUUGAGAGAAAUUUCGUAAAUAAAAAGGGUUUUGAUAGUGUGCAAAUUAGUGUUUUAGGUAACGACGAUCUAGAAUCAAAGAAAACCGGCGAUAUGGUGCAGAAAGACGAGAUGAAUCGUUCGUGUUUUUAUUACGGAUCAUUUCAGAGCGGAAUUAGCACGAUGAUGAUGUCGAGUGGACAAUGUUCACCUAGUGAUACUCUCGACAGUGGCACAUGCAGUGAUCUGGAUAGCACGCCUCCACCGUUGACUAAGAAGAAGAACUCGAGUACGGUUCUUCUCGGUGCAACUACAAUACACAAACGACGGGGAAGUCUCACAAGCAGUGGGGCUGAGAUUGACAGUGAUGACAACGAGAGCAACAUAAGCUGCGACUCGUUGAACAGUGGGGAAUCGUCAUCUAGAAUGAAUGGACACUCAUCCAACAGUGGAGAAAUUGAUGUUAAGGAUACAUCGACGAAUAUUAGCAAAGAGAUUAUCAACAGGGAUUUAGAAGGAGCUGCUGACGGAGUUCAACAUAUGCUUUUGAAUAAUAAUGAUGAGGAGGUUAAUAAGAAUUAUGAUAAGGAAAAUGACGAUAAGCGUGAUAUGACUGCUCAUGAAACAUCAAACGAUGAUGAAUUAUCUGUGCCUUCACCAUCACAAUCUGGCACUUCCUCGUUGUCAAAGUCCUCCUCGACACCGAGAGUUCGCAGUCCGAACCCGUUGGGUAACGGACAUCAGCAGGCGUUUACUUCGCCAGUCGUUAAGGAAUGCACGUACGAGGAGAGAAAGAGAGAGCAGGGUAGGAUUGAGAUGGAAAAUGCUGUCGCUGAGCACUAUGCCAACUAUAAGAGGGAUAAUGGGAGCAAAUAUGUAUAUGAAGAUGAUCGAUUUUAUGAGUUUCACGUGAAUGAAUUUGAAGGGAGUCAGGAGGAUGUGGCAAAGAGAAAGGAAGUACACCUUGAGGAGUAUUUUGCCGGAUAUAAGAUACUCGAUAAGGACGCCAUAAGAAGUGCCAAGGGAACAGUUAGGGGUGUUAAGAAUCGUGUACGUGCGGGCAUUGCUACAUUCUUGCAGAAUCCAUCAUCAAAGAAUUACAAACAGAAGGAUGCCGGCAAAGUGGUCGUUUAUACAACGUCAAUGAGGGUCGUGAGAAAGACUACUAUUGCAUGCGUUAAGAUGUUGAGGAUCCUGGGCACACAUAUGGUGCAGUAUGAGGAGCGUGAUUUAUUCAAGAGUGGGCAAUUUCAGUCGGAGCUCAAGGAUAGACUUGGCUGUGAUCAUAUUGACGUGCCACAACUGUUUAUCGAUGGGCAGCAUAUGGGGGAUGCUGACGCGGUCGAACGGCUCAACGAGUCCGGAGAAUUGCGACCUAUGCUCAAACCAUACAAGUCCCCAGUGAAACGUGAGGUGUGUCCCUGUUGCGGAGGUGCUGGCAUCAUCCCCUGUUCAGUGUGUAACGGCAGCAAAAAGUCCCCAAGGUGGAACAAUUUCAUGAAUGAAUUCGUUGCUCUGAGGUGCAUGAACUGUGACGAGGUGGGACUAACCCGUUGCCCACACUGUACUAAUCAUUAGACUAAUUUUCUAUUUUAUGGAAUGAAAAAAGGCUCAAUGAAAAAGUGAAUCCACACCGCACCUUCUAAAUUUUCAGAUUCACAUAACAGAUAAUAUUUUGUAAGUUUACGUUAAGUGUUGAUUAACGAAUUACAUAUAAUGAACGAUUAAGGUGCUACUGGACAAAAAUUGUCGUGAAGAUGAUUACUUAGAAAUUUGUCGUUACAUUUGAGCCCUGAUAAUCGUUGAGAUGACAGAAUGAAUUAUUUUAUUAUAUGGUUCUUUUUGUUAUUCCAUAUUCUGAACUAUUGUCAUCGGAUUACAUAAGAAAAAAUUACAUAGCAUUCUGUAAAAUAUCGUGGGUGAAUAA